AUGUACAGCGGAUCGUCAGCGUCGUCGUUGUUAGAUAUAACCAAGCGUCUAGUAAAAUCGCAAUCCCUUUUGCACUAUGAAAAUGACGCCGUGGAAGACGUUAUUGAAGGUGUUUACACGUUAGACCAUCAACUGGAUCAGAUGUCCGAAGAAGGUCGCGUCGGCUCCUUCUCCCAAGGCGAAGAAAUUGGUUCAACUUCCCUCCCGAGUGACCAUAUCAACUCUGAAAUUAGCACAACUUCGAUUCGUACUAUGCUCAACUCUUCGCAGAGUAUUCCCGCGAAUCUCCUGAUCCCGUAUGCAAUCGAAAACCAUGAUGUCAAAGUACUGAAAUUUUAUCACGCGCAACGAUUGGAGAAGAUCAGAACAUCUUCGAUUCAAGAUAUACCAUAUUCUGAAGAUGAAUGGUUGAAUUUGUCCGAGGAGGAGAAAAGCUUCCAUAGGGACUACAUGGAUUUAUUGAGGACGUUGAAAGUGGAAUGUCCGCCGGGUGUCAAUUUAUCGGCAAGUUUGAUACCCCCCAGAGAGGCCAUCGUGGUUGUCCGGGUGCUCCAGGAUGUUGGCGAAUUAAUGACUCUAAAUGGAUUCAUUGAAUUUCGAAAAGGAUCGCAGAUGAAAGUUAAAAAGGCCGAUCCAACGGUUGAAAGGUUGAUAAAAAUGGGUGCCAUCAAAAUUGUUGGAAAUCGAUGA